AUGGCGGCGGCCGCUGCUCAGCUGCUGGGCGAGGACGGGCGUGGCUACGAGCUCGCGCGGCGGCUGGAGGCGUGCGGCGCGUGGCGCGAGUGGCUGGGCGACGAUUCCGCGCACGCCGCGCUCGCGCAGCACCUCACGUCCCCAGCAACCUGGGACGCCUUCCUCUACCCCGCGGCCUCCCCAUCGCCGCCCCCGCGCCCGCUCCUCCUCCUCCAGCUCCGCGUCCGCGCGCUCCUCUUCGACAAGGCAUCGGCCGCGCUCCUCCUGCCCCCCCGCGGCGGGGCCCCAGUCAGCCUCCAUUCCAUCAACGUUAACUGUGAGUGCAGCCAGCAAGCUCGGCCUGCUGCUUCCGCCAUUCCACUGCUGGGGUUAGGGAUCUGUUGCUCUGCAAUCCCAGUGGGCUUGAAUUUUGCAGUCAGUUUCAAUGCAGGAGUUCAGGGUUUUGGUGAUUCGGGCUCCGGCGAAAUUCCUGCAAUGCUCAGGCUUAGAGAUAUGGCCGGGGAAGCAAGCUGGUGGGGCGGUGAUCUGCGACUUCAUGGAGAUGAUAUUUAUUUCUCUUUGGAAGAUGAGCAGGAAGAUAACGCUCAACAUCAAGUGUAUUCUAGAACAACGUUCAGUCCAAGCAGGGACGGUUCCAUGUUGUCUCAAAGGCAUAAUCGGUAUGAAGAAUUGCCUCACACAUGGUACAAGCCAUAUGCCGACAAAUUCAGGACAUGGCACAGCAAGGUUCGCUCUGGUGACAAAGAAAUACCAAAGAGAACACCAGAGGGAAUGUCUGACUAUCUUAAGAUUUGCAGUAUACAUAAAAGGAAGAGGGCUGUGUUUAUGGAUGAUCCCAGCAUAUCUCCUCCCAUGUUGGAAAAUGGCCCUUCCCUGCACUCAAAGAAUGCUGGGGAAUUCAGCAAUUCAACAGAUGAAUUAAUUCCAGAAAUUAGAUUUCCAUCUGACUGUGUUCCAGAAAGCGCAAUUCCUAAAACAAGUGGGAUAUCUAGGGCCAACAAAAUAGAAGUUCAUGGGGUUCUUGAUAAUUUACCAGCACCAGUUAACCGCAACACUGCAAUGCUUGAAAGGUUUGGCAUGGUGCCUGAAUAUUACAAGACAGGAAACAAAUAUAGAGGAAAAGAUGGAUCUAGAGUAGAAGGGAAAUCUUUAAGCCAAGAGCAAGCAUUGCUCAUGACCAAAAAGUUGGUUGCUCGCUACUUAGCAAAUUCAGGUUUUGCAAGUGGAACUGCAGUCUCUAUUGAUGUUCUUUCAGAAAUAAUAAUUAAGCAUAUAUGUAAACUGGGACGCAACUUGAAGCUUCUAACUGACAGCUACAGGAAGCAAUUUUCAUCAAUUGAACUCCUUAAAAUGUUCCUACAAACUGUUGGGUACAGUAACAUUGGACCCUUGAUGGAGAUCACAAAGAUGGGGAACAGAGUGGCCAACUACCCCAUUCAUCAAGAUGCACAAGUUCUUCAGACACAAAAUGCAAAUUCCCUUCAUGCACAGCAGCUUCCAAGGCAGCUUCCUCCGCAAAUGCUUCAGAAUUUGACACCGCAGCAACAGCAGCAGCUUCAGAAUUUGACACCACAACAGCAGCAGUGGCUUAGGCGCAGCCAGUUGUGCAGCCCUCGUGGUCCUCUUACGAUGGCAGACAAGAACCAGCCUAUGGUAAAUGUGAAGGUAGAGAACACUAUGGAUUCUCAAACGGAUGGUCCGUAUGGAUCUUUUACUAGACAACAGCAAUUUAAUAUGAGGCAGCAGCAGCAGCAACUAUUGCAUCAGCAGCAGCAGCAACUUCAACAGCAGCAGCUCCAGCAGCUCCAGCAGCAGCAGCACCAACAACAGCUUAAUCAGCAGCAACUGCAACAACAGCAGCAGCAUCUCACUCAGCAGCAGCAACUACAACAGCUUAAUCAACAGCAGCAUCUACAUCAGCAGCAGCACCUUCAACAGCAGCAGCAACUUAACCAGCAACAACUUCAGCAGCAACAGCAGCAGAUGACCAUGUCAGGAAAUCAGAAUGCACAACUAGCACAGCAGUUCAAACAGGUCCCAUCAAUGAGUGCUUAUGGCAUGCGAAUGCCGCCUGUGAAAGUAGAAGCUUUCCAUGAAUUGGUCAUGGAUGUGUCGGACUCACUGGCUGUGAGGUUCCGUUUUGGUGGAGAGUUUUUCAAAGAUGGCAAGAUACUGCAUUACUUUAGGGGGAAUGCUGCAAUGUCUUAUAUUGAUCGAGACAAGAUUUCUCUGCCAGAGGUUGUGGGACGCUUGCGUGAUCAUUACAAUGUACAUGAUGGAGUUUUAUUGCAUUGGUUAUUUCCUGGUAAAGAGCUACAUGAUGGUUUGCGUGUACUGGUGGAUGACAAAGUUUGCCGGUUCAUGUCUGACUCCAUUAUGGACAACGGAGUUGCAAAUAUAUAUGUUGAAGAGCCAUCUGUUAUUUCAGUGUCUAACGAUAAGGAGAAGGGUACAUACAAGAAGAAAGGCAAAGCAAUUCAGGAAGAAGAUUCAAGCUCAGGCUAUGACAGUGAUUUCAUAGGAGAUACAUGCUCAUCUGGAGAUGAUGAAGAAGCCACUGAGAUUCUAAAGAAAUUCAAAGAAUUGAAGAAGUUGAAGAAAGGAGAACAUGCUACACUAGAUGAUAUCAUUCUUGCAGAGAACAGAUCACAGCUAACAGAAUAUUUAGCCAUUAAAGGGGAAGAAGAUGGAACAACAUAUGAGGAAAGUGAUGAUGAAGAGUCAGUUGAAGAGGUUGGGAUGAAGUUCAGUGGCAAGAAGGAGUUCAAGGAAGCUAUCAUAAAAUAUUGUCUAGCUAACAGAAAGUUAAUAAGGUUCAUAAAAGAUGAACCAACAAGGGUAAGGGCUAAAUGCGACUGGCAGCAUUGUCCUUGGGUUUGUUUGUGUUCUAAGAAUUCAAGAACAGACAGCUGGCAGAUUGCUACAUUCAUUGAUCAGCAUACUUGUUCUCCUAGAAUGGACAACAAGCAUGUCACUACCAGGAGGAUAGCUGAGAAGUACGAGAAGUUUAUCAUGGCAAACCCAACAUGGAAUAUCACGAAGAUGAAGAGUACUAUCCAAGAAGAAAUGUUUGCAGAUGUAAGCAUAUCCAAAGUGAAGAAAGCAAAAGCUAUGGUGAUUCAGAAGGCCUUUGCUGCGACAAAGGGACAAUAUGAAAGGCUUUAUGACUAUCAACUGGAAUUAUUAAGGAGCAAUCCUAGGAGCACGGUUGUAAUUAACAAGGAGGAUGAUGUGGAGCCACCAUUUUUUAGAAGGAUGUACAUAUGCCUUAAUGCUUGCAAGGAGGGAUUCAUGGUAGGGUGUAGGAAAGUUGUUGGAUUAGAUGGUUGUUUUUUUAAAGGAGCACUGAGUGGGGAACUUCUUUGUGCUAUUGGAAGAGAUGCAAAUAAUCAGAUGUAUCCCAUUGCCUGA